AUGGACUGCGAGCCAGCCGAUCGGAACCCUAGAUUCUUCGUCGCCGUACACGUCGGCGCGGGAUACCACGCGCCGUCGGAUGAGGAAGCACUUCGCUCAGCCAUGAAACGCGCCUGCCGCGCGGCGGCUUCCGUUCUCCGCGAGGGCGGCGGUGGAUGUAUGGAUGCUGUUGCGGCCGCAAUUCAAAUUUUGGAGGAUGAUCCUUGCAUAAAUGCUGGACGAGGCUCGAAUUUAUCUGAGGACGGUCAGGUAGAAUGUGAUGCCAGUUUAAUGGAUGGUGACUCUGGAGUUUUUGGUGCUGUUGGUGCAGUGCAAGGUGUUAGAAAUCCCAUACAGGUUGCUCUUCUGCUAGCAAAAGAACAGAUUUUGGGUUCAUCGCUUUUGGGCCGAAUCAGCCCUAUGUUUUUAGUCGGCGAGGGAGCCCGUAUUUGGGCAAAGUCCAGAGGUAUUGCUUCAGAUGACACUGUAGAAGAGGCUAAUGAGUGGUUGGUGACUGAAAGAGCUCGAGAUCGGUGGAAUAGAUAUAGAACAAUGCUUGAUCAUGCCAAAGCCAUUAGCAAUGCAGCUACAUCGGAAGCUUACCUUUCCAACGCAAAGGAACAAUUCAUCAAACCUUAUCCUCUGCAAAAACUUGAUGAAGAUGCCGUAGCAGACACAGUAGGAGUAAUUUGUGUGGAUUCUGAGGGUCAUAUAGCAUCUGGUGCCUCAAGUGGUGGUAUUGCUCUUAAGGUCAGUGGUCGUGUGGGCUUAGCAGGAAUGUACGGUUCUGGUUGCUGGGCAUCUUCAAAAGGCCCUUUUGGAGCUUCUUCUAUCGUCGGUUGUUGUGUGAGUGGUGCCGGAGAGUACCUGAUGAAAGCUUUUGCUGCUAGAGAAUGUUGUGUAUCAGCCUCAUUGUCCCAGGCUGGGCCAAUCAGUGGCUGUGUCAAAGUUGUGAAGCCCCUUCUUGAAAAUGAUAAACGUGGCAGUGAAAAAAGUGCUGGAGUUUUACUUGUGCAAGCUGAUACUUGUUAUGUGGGUCCCGAUGCUCGUGCAAAGCUGAAAGCUGUUGAAAUUGCUGCUGCAUAUACUUCACCAUCUUUUGGAGUAGGUUAUUUUGGAAGCUCUAUGAAGAGACCAAAGGUGUCUAUUCUACGGAGUAAGAAACCACAGAAUCAAAACGGAGUCGAGCAGUUUGCCGCGCUUAUUAAUCUUGAUGCUUGA